GGUAUCAGCCGUACUCACCGAACACGGGUACGUUGCCAACAGYGAUGAGUUUCGAAAAUCGCAUCAUACCGAAUCUCAAAACAAAGAUCUGGACGUCCUCMGUCACACCGGAAUCGAAACAGYCCAUGCUUGGGUCGCUUCUCGACGCACUGUUGUUUUUGGCUUCGUAUUCUCUCGUGAAUUUGCAUAUAUCUCUUUCUCAUUUUUUUCCUUGCUGUUCGAAAUCGGUGUUCUUUUUUCAAAUGRAUCAGGAUUUUAUUUCGUUCGCAACAAUGAUGUGACGAAGUACUUCUUCAAUACUCUCAUUCGAAUGGGCGAUCUCGUUAAAAAAACUAAAAGUCACCAAGCGGCGCUCACGGCGUUAGUGGCGGAAUUUGUAAGUUGGAAGGGAUUGCGAGUCAAAGUCUGGAAAAAAGGUGGAGAWACGUUGUUUCCGGGCGGGUUCGAGUACCAUCAACCCAGCAAGGAGUACAUGAGAAAAUUUUUAAAGGGGGAUGUAAAACCAUUUAUUUUCCACAUGAGUUGGACCCAAAACAAGGACAACAAAAAAUUGUACUUCGAGCAAAUGGCGGAGUGGUACACAAAAGAUGAAAGUACUGGGUGCAAGGGACUGGAUUGCUGCCUCGCCGAACCAGUCAUAACUUGUCACUAUAAAGACAAGCCUAGUUUCAUACCUUGCAAAGAUAGCCCACCGAUCGACAAGAACGGAAAAAGUUUUUGGAAAUAGAAAUAGUCAAAUCCAUCGGAAAAAGAUAGCCAAUAUAAUUAUAGACCAUAC